UUAGAAUUUGGAAGCUGGGGAGGAGACACUAAUAAAGCAACUAGUGACCAUAAAUUCUGCAUCCCUCCUUUUUUCUCGCUUCUUCCAUUCUCUUCCUCCAAUCGUCUAACCUCGAGGUUGUCGUUAUCUCGCCUCGAGCAAUCUCGGCUUUGGUUUAUGAGCUCAAAGGAGAAACCGACUCUCGGUGGUACGCGGAUUAAGCCCCGCAAACGGAACAUCACAGCUCCUUUAGACCCUGCAGCUUUUGCGGAUGCAGUGGUCCAGAUUUAUUUGGAUAAUGCUGGUGAUUUGGAACUUGUUGCCAAAAGCAUCGAAUCAUCAGAUCUUAAUUUCUCGAGAUACGGUGACACCUUUUUUGAGGUCAUUUUUACCGGAGGCCGCACUCAACCUGGCACAAUAAAGCCUGAUGAAGGAGACCGACAUUCUUAUUCUAUUAUAGAUUGUGAGGCAACACGUGAAGCUAUAUUGCCUUCUGUUCUCUAUAUACAAAAAAUUUUGCGUCGUCGACCUUUUCUAAUUAAAAAUUUAGAAAAUGUUAUGCGAAGAUUUUUACAGUGUUUGGAACUAUUUGAGGACAAUGAAAGGAAGAAGCUUGCUAUAUUCACUGCCCUUACUUUUUCUCAGAAGCUAUCUGGUCUUCCUCCAGAGACCGUCUUCCAGCCUUUGCUCAAGGAUAAUCUUGUUGCCAAGGGGCUAGUGCUUUCAUUCAUCACUGACUUUUUUAAGGAGUAUCUCAAGGACAGUAAUAUCGAUGAUCUUAUAGCACUUUUGAAGAAGGGAAAGAUGGAGGAUAACAUGCUUGAAUUCUUUCCAACUGCAAAACGCACUGCAGAAGGUUUCUCGGAGCAUUUCAUGAAAGAAGGGCUGGCUUCUCUUGUUGAGUACAAUCAAAAGAAAAUAUUUGAUGUCAAGCUAAAGGAGAUGAAAUCAGCAUUGAAAACACAAAUCGAGGAAGAGGUUGAUAUUUCUGAAGUUAUAGACAGCAUGAAACAGCAAGUCAAGGAUUCUAAUAUGCCUGAUAUUGAGGUUGUACGCUUGCUGUGGGAUGUGCUAAUGGACGCAGUUCAAUGGUCUGGAAAGAACCAGCAGCAAAAUGCUAAUGCGGCGCUACGUCAGGUUAAAACGUGGGCUGAACUUUUAAAUGCUUUUUGUACAAGUGGGAAGUUGGAACUUGAACUUAUUUACAAAGUUCAAGUUCAAUGUUACGAGGAUGCCAAACUGAUGAAAUUAUUCCCAGAAAUCAUUAGAUCUCUUUAUGAGCAAGAUGUGCUUGCUGAGGAUACAAUUCUUCUUUGGUUUCGCAAAGGUUCAAACCCAAAGGGAAGACAAACUUUUGUGAAAUCUCUCGAGCCUUUUGUUAAAUGGCUUGAAGAAGCUGAAGAAGAAGAAUAAACCACAGGAGCUAGCAGGUGGAUGCUGUUGGGGACAUGCUUUUAUCAGAGUAGCAUUCACAGGGGGAACAUACUCGCUUUACUUCAAUGAGUGUUUCUGAAUUUUUAAUGACAUGCUUGUUUAAAUAUUUUAACUCUGAUAUUUAUUAAUAAUCUGCUUAUUUGGAUUUU